AUGCCUUUGGUAACUUCACGUCGACAUGGCCUGGAGUUCUCCAGACAGAGGCUACUGAAGCUUUUGACCCUCCUUUCGGCCGAACUCAGACUUCCUGAGGAUGACAUGGCUAAGUUGAUAGACGCCAUCGAAAGGGCACUUCCACAGAUGCUUUCCAGUGACGAGUUGCUUCUGCUUGUGGCCGAGUCGGCUGCGUCAAGGGUGGUGUAUUAUCCAGACUAUGCGCUUUUGGCUGGGCGUUUGGAGGCCACUAGAACACAGAAACUCGUGGACAUUGACUUUGCUUCGAAUAUAAAGCGGUUGGCAGCGUACGUUCAUCCGAAGACGGGCGAACCGUACCCUUUGGUGAAUGAAAGUAUUGUUGAGUUCGUGGAGUCUCAUAGAGAGGUGCUUAACGGUCUUAUACGAGCAAAGAGAGACUUUGACUUGGCGUAUUUCGGCGUACGGACGCUUCAGAAGUCGUACUUGCUUAGAUUGAAUGGGGUGAUAGCAGAAACGCCCCAGUAUUUAUUCCUUCGUGUUGCGCUUGGCAUUCACGUUCCUACGGGUGGUUCAGAUACUUUGGAAAGGGUUGCUGAAACAUACAGACUCAUGUCGAAACGGUAUAUGAUCCACUCGUCACCUACGCUAUUCAACGCCGGCACUAUGAAUAGCUUUCUUUCGCUGUGUUUUCUUGUGGCCAUGGAGGAUGACUCUAUUGACGGCAUUUAUAAGACGCUUCAUAAAACAGCGCUUAUUCUGAAAGGGCUGGGCGGUAUUGGCCUUCAUGUGAACAACAUUCGUGCUAGCGGUUCGCUUAUACGGACUUCCAACGGCACUUCCAGUGGUUUGGUGCCUAUGUUGCGUGUUUUCAAUAACACAGCUCGGUACGUUGACCAGGGCGGGAACAAGCGUCCAGGUGCCAUUGCGGUUUACAUUGAACCAUGGCAUGCUGACAUUGAAGAUGUGCUUGAUCUACGCAAGAACCACGGUAAGGAAGAAGCCCGUGCUCGAGACUUGUUCUAUGCUCUUUGGAUUCCUGACUUGUUUAUGAGGAGGGUCAAGGAGAACGGAAUGUGGCCUCUUUUCUCUCCAGACGAAGCUCCAGGCCUUUCUGACGUUCAUGGCGAAGAGUUUGAAAAGCUCUUCUUAGAAUAUGAAGCUAAAGGACUUGCUUUUAGGACUAUUGAGGCCCAGAAAUUGUGGGCACAGAUAUUGGAAUCCCAGACAGAAACUGGAAUGCCAUUCAUGCUUUAUAAGGACUCGUGCAACCGGAAACUGAACCAGAAGAACUUGGGAACGAUUAAAUCCUCCAACUUGUGCUGUGAAAUUGUCGAAUACUCGGCGCCAGACGAGACUGCCGUGUGCAAUUUAGGUCUGUUGGCGCUUCCAUCUUUUGUCAACCAUAAAGAUAACAAGACGCUUUCUUAUAACUUCGAGAAGCUCCAUAAAGUGGCUAAAAUCUUGGCCAAGAACCUUGACGCUGUGAUUGACGCAACAGAGUACCCAGUGAAGGAGUCGGAAACGUCUAACAAAAGACACAGACCUAUUGCCAUUGGAGUUCAGGGCCUUGCAGAUGUCUUUUUAGAGCUUCGUAUUCCAUUUGACUCGCCUGAAGCUGCAAAGCUUAACAGACAGAUCUUUGAAACCAUCUACCAUGCUGCGGUAGAGAGUUCUAUGGAGCUAGCAAAGAUCCAUGGUCCAUAUGAGACGUUUUCUGGAUCUCCAGCAUCUCAAGGCAUCUUACAGUUCGACCUUUGGAACCAUAAACCUGAGUUUUUCAAUGAUUGGGACGAACUCAAGGCUCAAGUACAAAAACACGGGCUUCGUAAUUCCUUACUUUGUGCUCCAAUGCCUACAGCGUCCACUUCCCAGAUCCUAGGGUUCACUGAGUGUUUCGAGCCUGUUACUUCCAAUAUAUACCUGCGCCGAGUGCUUUCUGGUGAGUACCAAGUGGUGAACAAGUACUUGUUGCAAGAUCUAAUCGACUUGGGGAUCUGGACGCCAGCGAUGAAAGACAGAAUUGUUAUGGAUAACGGGCUGGUUCAGAACAUCAAAGAAAUACCCUCUAGGCUUAAAAAGCUUUAUAAGACAGUGUGGGAAAUCAGCCAGAAGAAGAUCGUGGAUAUGGCUGCUGACCGUGGAUGUUUCAUUGACCAGCUGCAGAGCAUGAACAUCUUCUUGCAGAAUCCAACCUUUGGUAAACUCACUUCCUGUCACUUUUAUGCUUGGGAGAAGGGACUCAAGACUGGCAUGUACUACUUGAGAACACAAGGAGCAGCUCGUGCUAUUCAGUUCACUGUGGACCAUGCUGGAGCCCUUGAAGAGGCUUCCAGGGAAGCUACUCCACUUCCAAGGCAGUUAGAGAGGAAGUCGUAUGUGGAGGUUGAAACGUUCACGAACAAGAGGACCUCUGAUGAUGAUAGUUCUGACGAGCCACAGAGUGAUAGCUAUAGCGUCAAGAAGAGGAAGCAUAGGGCCGAAGUUAGAACACAUAAAAGCGACCCAGACACUCAGACUUCCAACGAACUCACACCCAACGAAAGACAGUUCGAUUCUUAUGAUAUUUAUUCGGAUACACCUCUCUCAUGCAACAUUAGUGAGCCUGAGAACUGUGAAUCAUGCUCAGGAUGA